AGCAAAGCAGAUACGCCAUUCCUGCUUAAAUUCAAGAUAUGGGUAAGCCUUUUACUUUAUUUCUUCUUCCUUCAUUGCUUAAUCUUUCUAUUCCCCACCCUUCCUUUUCACGUUAUUUCAAAACCAUUACUACCUUCAUUGAAGCUUCGAGUAAGAAUUCCAUGUUUGUAAAGCAAAAGCUACAAAGGUAUGAUUACUUUGAUAAUGUUGGCGAUGCUUUCACUUUCUUUCAUAAGAUGAUUGGAAAGUAUCCUAAGCCUUCCAUUGUUGAAUUCAACAAAUUAUUAGGAGCCAUUGUUAGAAUGAAGCAGUAUGCCACUGUUGUAUCUAUGUAUCGCUUGGUGGAAUUGUUAGGAGUUUCUCCUGAUGUUUAUUCUUUCAACGUCUUGAUUAAUUGCUUUUGUCAAUUAGGUAAAAUUGAUUUCGGGUUUUCUGUUUUGGGGAAAAUGUUCAAGUUAGGUGUUGAACCUGAUGUUGUGACUUUUAACACUUUGAUUAAAGGACUUUGUAAGCAAAUAAAGAUUUCUCAAGCUAUGAGUUUGUUUGAUAAAAUGAUUGAAAGAGGUUUAGAACCCAAUAUUGUAGCAUAUAACACAGUCAUUAACCUUCUUUGUAAGAAUGGCUUGCUAGAGGAGGCUCUUGAUCUCUUCUUUGAAAUGGAGGUUAAGGAUAUUAAACCAAAUACUGUUACUUACAGUUGCUUAAUUCAUGCUAUGUGUAAGAAGGGGAUGGUUUCCAAAGCUGAAUAUAUAGUUGACACAAUGAGAAAGCAAGGCAUUAAGCUUGACGUUGUCUUGUAUAGCAUAUUGAUCGAUGCACUUUGCAAGAAGGGGAUGGUUUCCAAAGCUGAAGAUGUCAUUGACACAAUGAGAAAGCAAGGCAUUGAGCCUAAUGUUGUCACAUAUACUAUACUAGUGGAUGCCCAUUGCAAGGAGGGAGCAGUUUAUAAAGCUAAAGGUAUUGUUCACACAAUGAUAAAUCAAGGCAUUGAGCCUAAUGUUGUCACAUACAGCACUCUUAUGCGAGGCAUGUAUCAAUUGGGGAGAGUUUCUAUUGCUUGUGAAAUUUGGAGAAUGAUGCUUGCUUUUGGACCAGUUCCAGACCUAGUGACUUAUUCGAUUCUGCUGGAUGGUUGCUUCAAAAAUGAUAGACUUGAAGAGGCAUUGAAAAUUUUUCGAGCAAUGCAGAACAGUGGGUUGGAACUCAAUAUUGUCUGUUAUAAUAUCCUAAUUGACGGUUUGUGCAAAGCUGGCCGUAUUGAAGCUGCAAAGGAAUUAUUUCUUGAACUCUCGGUCAAUGGUUUGAAACCUGAUGUUUGCACAUAUGUUAUAAUAAUCAAUGGUUUCUGUAAAGGGGGAUUGCCAGAUGUAGCAUACCAGAUGUUGAGCAUGGGAGAUAAUGAUGGUUUGCCUAAUAGCUGCUGUUAUAAUGUGAUGAUCCGAGUGUUUCUUCAAAACAACUACUCCUCAAAGGCGGCACGCCUUCUGACGGAAAUGGUCAGUAAGGGCUUUUCUACAGAUUUAUGGACUGCCACCUUAUUUGUGGAUCUCAUCUUACGAUCUGGCAGACCGAUCUUAAUGUGAAAUGUUUCCAGAGAUAGUGUAAAGAUAGUCAGUUGUGAAUGUGAAGCAAUUUGUUCAUAAUGUUGAGAUAAGUUAGAAGUUACUGUAAACCAGCAUGAGUUAUAAGGUGUAUUUUGAGUUUUAGUUUGAUGUGCUUUUAAGCAAUAAGGAGGGAAUAAGAAAAUGUUGUAGGGCUUGUUUCAGUUUAAUUAUAGUGUGCCUUGCUUUAUGUGAUGUUUGAAUACCUGCAGAGAAGAGUAAUAAGAAAUAACGUGAAUCCCCUGCAGCUGGCUUGUCUACACAGAUUCUGAACCGAUGUGACUUUUUCCGCUUUGAGUUAUAACCUGAUGUUGAGCCUUUAAUUUAGCUGCUGUCAUUCAGGAAUUAAGUAGCUUGCAAGUUUGGCUGCUGUUUAUUUGAGUGUUUGGAAGGAAGUCUUACCAAAUCAUAUCUACAUGAAAAAUUCGUGAAUUUUGUAUCAUAUCCAGAAAAAGAAGAGAUAAAUCCCUGAUUAGAAAUAUGCCAAUGAAAUAUCCCAUCAAGCUUAACCGUUGAUUUCUCAUCUCUUAGAAUUCAUUAAAUGAUUGAUGCUUUGGGAAGAACCUUUUCAACAUGAUAUGCUCAUGGAAGGUUUGACUGAUGAUUUGCACUGGAUCUGGUUUAAUGGUCUGAGGCAAUUCUUGUUGUUUCUAUGGUGACAUUGGAGCCUUCAUUGUCUGGCUGUUGAUGGCUUUGAUUUGGAUUGUAACUUGAGUGGCAAAUUGUUUUCUAUUGGCGAUCAUCUAGGUAGGGUCCAUCGGUGGUGGUCUGUUUUGGGAUUACUGCUUUGUCGUUGCAUGGAGAGAAGGGAAACAAGAAAUAACGGAAAUCCCCUGGAGCAGGCUUGUCUACACAGAUUGUGCAGAUUAAAGAACUUUACCGCUAUCACAGAAGAGGAAAGUAGAAAAAGAAUAACAAGUAGAGACUUCACACAUCAGGAACACCCACUUCUUAACAAGCAGAAACAAUCUCAUCUUUUGCUAUUUGCCAAUGAUCUGGAUGCAAUGUGGGUUUGCUUAAGAGAAAAUUGUGUUAUUGAUGAUGCCACUGGUGCUGAAAAGGUCUAUAUCGUUGGCCAUCACAUUUUCCUUCAGUUCAAGGGAUCAAAAAUCCUCAGCCAUAUCACCUCCGUUUGACAGAACAAAUAGGUCCAAAAUGUCGUUGCUUCUUCAGCCCAUCAAACUUCAUGAAGUUUGAGAAAGAUGAGUUGGGAAGAAUAGUCAUUUUGCCCUUCUAUCUUUAUGUGAUGCGCACGGUUUCUCUUACACAAGUCAGAACAGAUAUGAGUGAGCUUGGCGAGUAUUCAUAAGUCUUUGCACCUUGAAGCCUUCCAAGAAUUUAAUUAUCUUCUUACCAUA